AUGGCCACAAAGGUGCACCCGAAAAAGGUGCUUCUGAGAAGGACCAAUACUAUAAGUCUUCAUAUGGACGAGUUGGUGGCCGAUCGCAGGAAAGUUGCGUUUCCCUCAAAAGAGAAGUCACUGAUACCGUCCGAUUGGAAGGAUCGGUUGCGUUACGGUCUCGAGGCCAUGUUGCACUGGCCCCGACCGAUGCAAAAAGCCGAUCGAGAUGAUUGGAUCCACGAUGGCACGUUUCACGACGCCGUCCGGGGUGUGCUGGUCAUGGCACAACUGUUCUCCAUCAUGCCCGUCUGCGGAAUACUGGCCAAAGAUCCGCGGAAGCUACGCCUAUCGUACACCAGUGCACGGGCGUUUUACGCGUACUUCUGUGCCCUGGGCAUCGGGUUCCUUACCACUAUGUCCGUGUACUUUUUCGCCAGCAAGCGCUACAACUUUCAGAAGAUGGUGACGGCCUUUUUCUACUGCUACAACCUGUACGGAAUGUACCGCUUUUGUCGGCUGGCCAAACGGUGGCCAGCGCUGAUGGUAAAGUGGACCCACGUUGACGAAAGUCUGCCCCGGCAGAAGGACAUCUUCGAGCAGGCCGUGCUGGCGCACAGGAUUCGCAUGUGCUCGAUUCUGGUGAUGACGCUGUCCCUGUCGGAGCACCUGCUGUCGAUCGUGUCGGCCGUGCACUACUCCAACAACUGCCCGGCAGUGCACGACCCGUACGAGGCGUUCUUCAAAUCAAACUUCGCGUUCGUCUUCUACUACUUUCAUUACUCCACCUUGCGAGGCUUUCUGACCAAGUUCUUCAACGUGAUUUGUAACUUCAUCUGGAGCUACCUGGAUCUGUUCGUGAUCGUGAUCAGCAUGGGCCUGUCGCACUCGUUUCGGCGUAUCAAUGUGUACCUGAGGCAGCACAAGCGAGAGAAAAUGUCCGAAAAGUUCUGGGGAGAACAGCGCCAAAUGUAUCGGAACGUGUGUGAUCUCGUGACGCUGGUGGAUGAUCACAUUUCGGUGAUCACGAUGCUAUCGAUCUCCAACAAUCUGUUCUUUAUCUGUGUCCAGAUUUUGAACAGCAUGAACACUCGGCCAACGUUCGUCCACACGGUUUACUUUUGGUUCAACCUCAUCAUCCUGAUCGGCCGAACGCUGGCGGUGGCCAUGUUUGCGGCGGAAGUGAACGAUGAGUCGAAGCGUCCGAUCGAGGUCCUGCGCACGAUUCCACGUGAGGGUUGGUGCCUGGAAGCGAAACGGUUCGCCGAGGAGGUCUCGACGGACACGGUCGCCCUGACGGGGCUCAAGUUUUUCAGCAUGUCCCGCAAGCUGGUGCUGAAUGUGACGGGAGUCAUCAUCACCUAUGAGCUAGUACUGAUCCAGUUCCACAAAGAGGAAACCUCCGACGUUGACCUGUGUAAGCUCAAGCGUAUGGACACGCUGUAG